UUGAACAUCAGCUGAGAAGCGGACAUUUUUAAAAGUCGUUCGUCGUCGGGGAUUUAAAGGCGGGCUUUUAACUAUUUAAAUUUAACAGCAUGAAGACCCCAGACAAGGAACCAUCAUUACAAGCACCCAUUUUACCUUGCACGUUAGUUGUGGAGACCCUUAAUGCCGGAGGAACGGUGAAAAAGUCAACUACUUACAAACAGAUAAAACUCAUCUUGGGUCGAAAUGAAUUCAGGGACCUGAUCCUGCGCAUAGAUUCCCCAAAACACUCUCUCAAAUUUUCACUGAGGGACUUUGUACUCCAUAAGCGAUUCUUGAAGGAGGGAAAAGCCACCAUCGUUCUGAAGGAUGCCAACGUAAACUUGAUGAUAGCAAAUGCCCCUCCAAAUCAGCUGCUUGUCUUUAUGAAGACACUGGCAGGGAAGCAUUCGGUAACUGAGGUAAAUGGUGGAGUGAUUAAUGCAAGAAAACGUCUCCUAUCAACGGUUCCAAAAAGCUUUGAGGAAAUCAGUCCUCUUACUUUUAAUGAAUAUGAAACGGUGAGGAAGAAUGGAGGCAAAGUGCCACUGAAGGAGAGAGCUGCAAAUGUUCCAGAUGCUUCCCCUGUUUCUAGUAAACGUAAAAGGGAUUCAAAGGACACCUCAGGAUCCUCAACUCCUAAGGUUCCCCGUUUUCUUAACCCUCUAGUCCUUACAUCUGAACAGAAACGUGUGUUGCAAGUUGUACAUUCUGGCCAAAAUGUAUUUUUUACGGGGAGUGCCGGUACUGGCAAAAGUUUUUUGCUGAAGCGUAUUGUUGGUGCUCUUCCUCCUGAUGUUACUUUUGUGACUGCAAGUACGGGUGUUGCUGCCUGUCAGAUUGGAGGAACUACAUUGCAUGCAUUUGCUGGCAUAGGCAGUGGCAAAGCUUCUGUUGACCAGUGCAUCCAGUUGGCAUCAAGAAGAGUAAUAGCUCAGCAAUGGAAGAAAUGUAAACAUCUUGUUGUCGAUGAAGUGUCAAUGGUUGAUGGUGAUUUUUUCACAAAACUGGAAACAGUAGGGAGAGCAGUAAGAGGAAAUGAUAAGCCCUUUGGGGGAAUCCAGUUAAUUUUGUGUGGGGAUUUCUUGCAACUUCCUCCUGUUACCAGGCCUGGGGAGAAACGAGUCUUCUGCUUCCAGACACCUGCUUGGGAUCGCUGUAUUAACCUUAGCAUGGAGCUGACUGAUGUGCGGAGACAAGACGACCAAGAGUUUAUUGAUAUACUGCAGUCUAUUCGGCUGGGAAGGUGUAAUGAAGAAAUGGUAGAGCGCUUAAAACAAACAGAGAAGAACACUGUAGAAAGGGAUGGUAUUAAGGCUACUAGGCUAUGUACUCAUCGCGAAGAUGUGAAUCACAUUAAUCAAGAACAUCUAAAAAAAUUAGCAGGUGAUACUCAGGUUUUCCAGGCUGUCGACAGUGAUCCUGGUCUGUCAUCUUUACUUGACUCUCAAACUCCUGUUGUAGCUAAGUUAACCCUCAAAGUUGGUGCUCAAGUCAUGUUGAUGAAGAAUCUCGACGUUGGCCAAGGCUUGGUCAAUGGUGCAAGAGGAGUUGUUACAGGCUUCAAGAUGGGUAAAGAAGGAAACCCUGUUGUAAGAUUUUUAUGUGGUGUCACAACAGAAAUCAAGCAUGAGAAAUGGACAGUCAAGGGUACAGGGGGUAUAUAUCUACACAGAAGACAACUCCCUUUGAAGUUGGCGUGGGCCUUCUCUAUUCACAAGUCACAGGGAAUGACACUAGACUGUGCCGAAAUGUCUCUCUCAAGGGUAUUUGAAGCGGGGCAAGCCUAUGUUGCCCUGUCACGCGCAAGAAACUUGAAGAGCAUCCGUGUGCUGGACUUUGGACCUGAAUGUGUGCGUGCUCAUCCUGAUGUUCUCAAAUUCUACCAGGGUCUAAGAAGAGCCCGUUAUGAGGAACAGCAAUCCAUAAUGCAAUAUCUUUAAGAUUAAUUAUAUUUUUAUAAGGAUUUUAUUAUAAUUGGAAUAUAAUUAAUAUAUUAACACACUCCUGUCUGAUGACACUCUGAUCCACCCUUCUCCGACCUCCCAACGUAUCAGACAUCCUUACAGAAUCUCACACUUUCUGCUUGGACAACCUGUUCUUCUUCCUCAUAUCCUUCACUUGAUCUAACCCCUUUACCUAACCCGAGCUUAACCCGUUCACUUGUCAACUCCUUUGCCCAGCUUUAGCAACUAACCACUAACUCAACCACCCUUUAAUUUACUUUACUAUACCUUCCUACAAUGCUACAUGACCUUAGAUGUCCAGCACAUUUAUUUUGGUUUUAACCAUUAACCAUUAACCAUUAACCCCUUGCCGACGGGUAUGACGGGUAGACACGUGCUAUGCCCACUGUUAGUACU